AUGCGUGCUUCUCUAGUGAUUGCGGCCUUGCUGGCUGGUGCGGCUCAGGCAGCACCUCCAUCUCCACCUCACUUGCCCGGUAACAACAACAUUGAUCUCAAUAAGCUUGCUCAGCGCAAGGGCAAGCACUGGUUUGGAACUGCGGCCGAUAUCCCCGGAACUGCUGAGACCACCGAUGCUGCCUAUCUCAAGGUGCUGAAGAAGAACUUUGGCGAAAUUACACCUGCCAAUGCUAUGAAGUUCAUGUACACCGAGCCGCAGCAGGGCGUGUUCAACUUCACCGAGGGCGACAAGUUCCUGGAGGUGGCCGAGCGCUUCGACAGCAAGGUCCGAUGCCACAAUCUUGUCUGGGUCAGCCAGGUGUCCGAUUUCGUUACAUCCAAGACCUGGACCGCUGAGGAGCUCACUGCUAUCAUGAAGAACCACAUCUUCAAGACUGUUCAGCACUUCGGGCGUCGCUGCUACUCGUGGGAUGUUGUCAACGAGGCUCUCAACGGUGAUGGUACAUUCUCCUCAAGUGUCUGGUAUGACACUAUCGGCGAGGAAUACUUCUACCUUGCAUUCAAGUAUGCCCAGGAGGCAUUGGCCCAGAUUGGCGCCCAUGAUGUGAAGCUGUACUACAACGACUAUGGUAUUGAGAACCCGGGUACCAAGUCGACCGCCGUUCUCCAGCUCGUCAGCAACCUGCGUAAGCGCGGCAUUCGCAUUGACGGUGUUGGUCUGGAGUCGCACUUCAUUGUUGGCGAGACCCCUUCUCUCGCCGACCAACUUGCCACGAAGCAGGCCUACAUCAAGGCUGACCUGGACGUGGCUAUCACUGAGCUUGAUGUUCGUUUCGCGGCUGCGCCUUAUUACACCGCUGCCGCUCAGAAGCAGCAGGCUGAGGACUACUAUAUCAGCGUCGCCAGUUGCAUGAAUGCGGGUCCUCGUUGCAUUGGUACGGUUGUUUGGGACUUUGAUGAUGCUUACUCUUGGGUCCCAAGUGCUUUCGCUGGCCAGGGUGGUGCCUGUCUCUUCAACGAUACGCUUCAGGCCAAGCCAGCGUACUUCGCUGUCGCCGAUGCUCUCGAGGGAAAGCCUUGCAGUGUGUGCUAG